AUGGCGCACAGCGAUCAGCUGGACCGAGACUCAAUCAGCUGUUCGAUCUGUCUGGAUCUACUGAAGGAUCCGGUGACUACUACCUGUGGACACAGCUACUGUAUGAGCUGUAUUAAAUCACACUGGGAUGCAGAGGAUCAGAGGAGGAUCUACAGCUGCCCUGACUGCAGAGAGGCCUUCACACCGAGGCCUGCCCUGAAGAAAAACACCAUGUUAGCAGCUUUAGUGGAGCAGCUGAAGAAGACUGGACUCCAAGCUGCUCCUGCUGAUCACUGCUAUGCUGGACCUGAAGAUGUGGCCUGUGAUGUCUGCACUGGGAGGAAGCUGAAAGCCUUCAAGUCCUGUCUGGUGUGUCUGGCCUCUUACUGUGAGAAUCACCUCCAGUCUCACUAUGAAUCACCUACAUUUAAAAAACACAAGCUGGUGGAGCCCUCCAAGAAGCUCCAGGAGAACAUCUGCUCUCGUCAUGGUAGGGUGAUGGAGAUUUUCUGCCGCACUGAUCAGCAGAUUAUCUGUUAUCUCUGCUCUGUGGAUGAUCAUAAAGGCCACAAAACAGUCUCAGCUACAGCAGAAAGGACUGAGAGGCAGAGAGAGCUCGAGGUGAGUCGACUAAACAUCCAGCAGAGAAUCCAGGACAGAGAGAAAGAUGUGAAGCUGCUUCAACAGGAGGUGGAGGCCGUCAGUCGCUCUGCUGAUAAAGCAGUGGAGGACAGUGAGAAGAUCUUCACUCAGCUGAUCCGUCUCCUCCAGAAAAGAAGCUCUGAUGUGAAGCAGCAGAUCAGAUCCCAGCAGGAAACUGAAGUGAGUGGAAUCAAAGAGCUUCAGGAGAAGCUGCAGCAGGAGAUCACUGAGCUGAAGAGGAAAGACGCUGAACUCAAGCAGCUCUCACACACAGAGGAUCACAACCAGUUUCUACACAACUACCCCUCAGUGUCACAACUCAGUGAAGCUACAGACUCAUCCAGCAUCAAUAUCCAUCCUCUGAGGACGUUUGAGGAUGUGACAGCAGCUGUGUCAGAGCUCAAAGAUCUUCUACAGGACAUCCUGAGGGCCACAUGGACAAACACCUCACUGGCAGUGACUGAAGUGGACGUUUUACUGCCACAACCAGAGCCCAAGACCAGAGCUGAGUUCUUAAGAUAUUUACGUGACAUCACUCUGGAUCCAAACACAGCAUACACACAUCUGUUAUUAUCUGAGAGGAACAGAAAAGUAGAACAUACGGGACAACAACAGUCUUAUUCUAGUCACGCAGACAGAUUCACUGUAUAUAGUCAGGUCCUGAGUAGAGAGAGUCUGACUGGACGUUGUUACUGGGAGGUGGAGUGGAGAGGGUUGGUUAAUGUAGCAGUCACAUACAAGAAUAUCAGCAGAGCAGGAAGUGAAUCUAUAUUUGGACGUAAUAACAAAUCUUGGUCUUUAGAUUGUUACUCUGACAUUUAUGAAUUUUGGUUCAACAACAUUGAAACUCCCGUCUCAGGUCCUGAUUCCUCCAGAGUCGGAGUGUACCUGGAUCACAGAGCAGGUAUUCUGUCCUUCUACAGCGUCUCUGAAACCAUGAGUCUCCUCCACAGAGUCCAGACCGCAUUCACUCAGCCUCUCUAUGCUGGAUUUUGGGUUUAUAAUAGAUCCACAGCUGAAAUGGCGCAGAGAGAUCAGCUGGAACGAGAAACCUUCUCCUGUUCGAUCUGUCUGGAUCUACUGAAGAAUCCGGUGACUACUACCUGUGGACACAGCUACUGUAUGAGCUGUAUUAAAUCACACUGGGAUGGAGAGGAUCAGAGGAAGCGCUACAGCUGCCCUGAGUGCAGAGAGGCCUUCACACCGAGGCCUGUCCUGAAGAAAAACACCAUGUUAGCAGCUUUAGUGGAGCAGCUGAAGAAGACUGGACUCCAAGCUGCUCCUGCUGAUCACUGCUAUGCUGGACCUGAAGAUGUGGCCUGUGAUGUCUGCACUGGGAGGAAGCUGAAAGCCUUCAAGUCCUGUCUGCAGUGUCUGGCCUCUUACUGUGAGAAUCACCUCCAGUCUCACUAUGAAUCACCUACAUUUAAAAAACACAAGCUGGUGGAGCCCUCCAAGAAGCUCCAGGAGAACAUCUGCUCUCGUCAUGGUAGGGUGAUGGAGAUAUUCUGCCAUACUGAUCAGCAGAUUAUCUGUUAUCUCUGUUCUGUGGAUGAACAUAAAGGCCACAAAACAGUCUCAGCUGCAGCAGAAAGGACUGAGAGGCAGAGAAAGCUCGAGGUAAGUCAACUAAACAUCCAGCAGAGAAUCCAGGACAGAGAGAAAGAUGUGAAGCUGCUUCAACAGGAGGUGGAGGCCGUCAGUCGCUCUGCUGAUAAAGCAGUGGAGGACAGUGAGAAGAUCUUCACUGAGCUGAUCCGUCUCCUCCAGAAAAGAAGCUCUGAUGUGAAGCAGCAGAUCAGAUCCCAGCAGGAAACUGAAGUGAGUGGAGUCAAAGAGCUUCAGGAGAAGCUGCAGCAGGAGAUCACUGAGCUGAAGAGGAAAGACGCUGAACUGAAGCAGCUCUCACACAGAGAGGAUCACAACCAGUUUCUACACAACUACCCCUCAGUGUCACAACUCAGUGAACCUACAGACUCAUCCAGCAUCAAUAUCCGUCCUCUGAGAUACUUUGAGGAUGUGACAGCAGCUGUGUCAGAGCUCAGAGAUCUACUACAGGACAUCCUAAGGGACAAAUGGACAAAUAUCUCACAGGCAAAGACUAAAGUGGACAUUUUACUGCCCAAACCAAAACCAGAGCACAAGACCAGAGCUGAGUUCUUAAAAUAUUCAUGUGAAAUCACUCUGGACCCAAACACAGCACACACACAGAUGUUAUUAUAUGAUGGAAACAGAAAAGUAGAAGGGACGGGACAACAGCAGUCUUAUUCUAGUCACACAGACAGAUUCACUGACUGUUUUCAGGUCCUGAGUAGAGAGGGUCUGACUGGACGUUGUUACUGGGAGGUUGAGUGGAGAGGAAGAUGGGGAGUUUUUGUAGCAGUCACAUACAAGAAUAUCAGCAGAGCAGGAAGUGAAUCUAUACUUGGACGUAAUAACAAAUCUUGGUGUUUAGAUUGUUCCAGUAACAGUUAUGUAUUUUGCUACAACAACAUUGAAACUCCCGUCUCAGGUCCUCGUUCCUCCAGAGUCGGAGUGUACCUGGAUCACAGAGCAGGUAUUCUGUCCUUCUACAGCGUCUCUAAAACCAUGACUCUCCUCCACAGAGUCCAGACCACAUUCACUCAGCCUCUCUAUGCUGGACUUUAUGUUGGUGGUGGAUCCACAGCUGAGUAUAGAUUUUGGUUCAACAACAUCUCAAGUACCGUCUCAGGUCCUGUUUCCUCCAGAGUCGGAGUGUACCUGGAUCACAGAGCAGGUAUUCUGUCCUUCUACAGCGUCUCUGAAACCAUGACUCUCCUCCACAGAGUCCAGACCACAUUCACUCAGCCUCUCUAUGCUGGACUUUGGGUACUAAGAAGAACUGAGUCAGCCGCACAACAUCGUCUCUUCACCGCCUGUGACCCACCACGAAGCGCCAGUGGCAUCUGCAGCUCCCGAGGCCAGCAGAACCACUCAGCCGAACCACACGCCGAAGCCAGUCACCACCCGCCGAAGCCAGUCAACCGGGCCCGCAUUGCUGAACCCAGAGAGGAAGAGGCCAAAACCCCCGCUGAGUUCGCAACCAAAACCACUCCAGGGCUGACGAUCGACGUCUUCUGCACAAGCCUUAGGCAGAAGACAGUCACUGCGGAUUCCGGUCAUUGUCCCCCUGCCUUGAGUGUGGAAAGUCUGGCUGCGUUUACCCAGCAGAUCUUGAGUCCACCUCAAAAAUCUCCGUGUUAG